AAUACUCCUUAUAUCGUAAACAAACUCUUUACAAAGUCGUGAUAAUAAAUCACAAUCUCCAUUUAACUGUGCCUUUCCACAACGUCUAGGAAUUAUUCUUCAUUACAUCCGAUACGUAGCAGAGGAGAAAAAAAGGGAAAGAAGGCAGUGUAGUAAUAUUCAUGAGGUUCAUUAAUAUUCAUGAGUAUACAAUAUCGGGAGCCAUGAUAUUUACUUUGGAAGCCAUAACCAAUGUUUUCCAAUAGGAAGUUUUUGAAGUAUUUUAACACCAUUUAAGCCACAACGUCGCCCACCGGAGGUAGCACAUAUCUUCUAAAUGGACAACACGUCCAUCAUUACCCAAGUUAGCCGUGAAGACGAACUACUCAACACAUUUCCCGCAUCGGAGAAAGGGUCGUCGACGGUGUCGCUGAAGAAACCACGCAGCAGCCGUGGUCUACUGAGUUCAUUCUUCUGUUGUUUCGGGACUAACAACAACAAUAACAACAACAAUGCCCAGAACCACUGUCAAGUGCCUCAAUCACCCGAAAAUGGCAACCCUAAGCCUAUUGAGAAGUACUUGUUACCUCCUGUGCGGAACAUGGACACGAGCAAGAAAUGCGUUGUGAUUGACUUAGAUGAAACUCUGGUGCAUAGCUCAUUUAAACCAAUCAGCAAUGCAGACUUCAUAGUUCCUGUGGAGAUAGAUGGCACAAUACACCAGGUGUACGUGCUAAAACGUCCAUAUGUAGAUGAAUUCUUGCAAAAGAUGGGAGAGAUGUUUGAGUGUGUGCUGUUCACAGCUAGUUUAGCAAAGUAUGCUGACCCAGUGGCCGACCUCCUAGACAAAUGGGGGGUGUUCAAAACACGCCUCUUCAGGGAAUCUUGUGUCUUUCAUAGAGGAAACUAUGUCAAGGAUCUGAGUCGGUUGGGUCGAGACCUCCACCAAGUUGUGAUCGUCGACAACUCUCCUGCUUCCUACAUCUUCCAUCCAGACAAUGCAGUGCCCGUUGCCUCGUGGUUUGAUGACAUGUCUGACACUGAGCUGCUGGACCUUCUGCCCUUCUUUGAGAACUUGUCACGAGAGGACAGUGUAUACACAGUGCUCAAAAACAACACAAACUCUCCUGCAUCCACCCCGCCCUCAUAGCGAACUGCCGCCCGGCAACACAAUAACUUAACAAAACUCGUUUAUGCAAGUUUUUAUUAUAAAUCAGUGAAUGAAAAGUGUGUGAAUGAUCAGGAGCGCCCAAGAGCAAAUGUGAAAUUGGACACUUGAAAAUUUACACAUACUUAUCUACUCUGCUUAGAAAAAAAACAAGAAAAAAAACAAAAAAUGGCGACAUGCUCAAAUUUUCUGCCUCGCACUCAUUGGUUGUGAUGUAUCACAUGACUCAUAAACCAGUGUUUGGUUGGUGAAUAAAGAGGUUAGUUAAACCAAGAGUGGCCUGUGACAAUCGAAUCUUAGGUUGAGGAGGAGUUUGUCCAGAGGGAGUGAAAAAAAGAGACACUAUUAGUGACAGAGAUUCACCCUGCAGCAGUUAUAUGGCAACCUUGAAUCACCUGUUCUGUCGAAGGAUGAUCAGAUUAUCCACAAUGACAGGGAUUAAGUUGGCAUCGCUGUGUCGACUGCAUCCUUAUCCUCGCAUCACGUCUGAGCUGGCCCGGGGAAAAAAAACAUCACAAGAAACACCAUGAGAUGAACUACAGAGGUGAAGAAUGGUGUACAGACCAAGGGAGACAACUUUGUUGGUGGCAGCUUGCAGGAAAAUUUCGGUAAUCUGGAGGAAGAUAAGGAAAACAUGGUUGGCUGUUGUUACAAGGAAUAUCACUGGCUAAUGCUGAUGGUCAUGUUUUCAUUGGCUGAUGUAUUGUACCUGGACUAUUCAACCAUGUGUUUGAUGCCAAAUGUUCGUGUUCAGGUUCAACCAUUAACGUAAGGUGCACAACUAUUUUAAUUUCUAGCUUACAGUUAAUUAUAGCGCUACAAGUUCAAAUCAUGUGAGAUGAUAUUCAAGAGAAAAACCUCAGAACACUGUUCUGAAUUGAAGAAAAAAUGGCAAAAAUUGUUUAAAAGUUAAAACGAAACAAACCAAAAAAAAAGAGGCUUUAUUCACUUUGGCCGCUGAGCCAUCAUUCAUGUGCAAUGAAAGACUUUUAAUAUGUGAAGUUUUAACCAACUUGAACCGAAUGAUCUUUAUGACUUGUUUUAGUGAAAUUGACACUGGUCAUGCAUAUAUGUCGUGAAAUGUUUAUGGCUGGGUUUCUAGGCAACAUGUGACACGAUGUUCAAGGUGUUCUCAUUCUAUUCUGUGUGCAUGCCCACUCUCUCUAUAUAUUGCCUUGCUCACUGAACUGAUGGCUUCAUCCACAACAAACACGAAAAACAACAUUAUCAAACAUAGUUGUAAAAAGCAGGAGAAAAAUAAGUCUAUUGUUUAUAAGCAGAAAACAACGUAGUUUUACAUGUUAGUAAACAUGGAUAUAAGAACAUUUUUACAUGUUUAUGAAUAUGGAAUGAAAAACAUUGUUUUACAUGUAGUAAACAUGGACAGAUCAACAACAUUGAUUUGCGUGUUUGAACGAAUCACAGGCUAUUUUUUUUAUUUAUAACUUGUCAAGAGAAUCAUAGACAUUUAUACUUCCCUACCAGGCUGGGAUAUUAACUUCUUCGGAAAUAUAUCUGAUAGAAAUAAUUUAUAACUAUGUCACUGAUUUGUGUAUGCUGUGUCUAAUUUUACUAAUGAACUGUCAGGGUGCAAUUCCAUCCCUGAAGAUAUUGAGAAUGUGCAUUUUAAGUAUCAACUGAAUUUGAUUAACUUUAAUGGUAUGUUUUCAUUUUUGUUGUGGGCAUUGCCAUCAAAAUGAAAAUGGCAGCUAUCUUUAAAGUUUGAUCAAUUGUCUACACAAGCAUGUUGAGUUAGAGUUUGUAUAUGCGCCUAUAUAGAAGUCAUCUACAGAUAUGUUAUGCCGUGGGUUUUAAUUCUUACUGUUGGUUUCUUAUUAUGUAGUAGGAAUGGUAUUGGUACUGAAAUGAACAAUGUUUGUGAAGCCGUGGAUAUAUUGUCCAGCAAACAUAAGACACCACCCUAAAUCAUGUGGUCACACCCCUAUCCUGGAACUUACAGUUAGGAAUGUAUCAGUUGGCACACUUACCAAAAACUUACAUCCGAAUACUGCAUCCCUGGGGGUACACUUCGUAGGUGUAUUUCAGGCAAAUAAAGUAACCUAGUUGUGGGAGAAAACGUGUGGUCCUUCCAGAUUUUGACUUGACUCUGGACAACCAGACUGCUGCCACGAUGCUCUUGGGAUGGUAUAACACUGCUGGGUAUUGUUGAAGCCAGAAGGUCAUAGCUGCGGCUUGUCAGUGGCUAAACAUUCAUCAGAAACAUUUCUCGGCUAUCACAUGUGAUCAUUUAUCUUAACAUAUAUUUCUUUGAUGAGCCUCAAUGUACUUAAACAAUAUAACUUCACUCAAGUUGACAGAUCACCAGAUUUCUCCCAUGGUUAUUGGUGGGACAUUCAUGUUUGGUUUUAUGUUGGGAAUGAAUUUAUCCCACGAUGGCUUUCAAAUUUGAAUGUAUUAUCCUUGGUGCUUAUGAACCGUAAGUUUUAUUAAUGAUUUCGUUUGCACCAACAUAAUUACCUUUGAGUAGAUACUGUUAUUCACAUUUUGUUAUUUGCUAUAGACCCAAACGAAACUCACUGCAAGAUGGUAGGUCAUGCUUGCCUCACAAAUGUCACUAGAUGAUGAAAGCAUUAAUUUUAAUACUGUAGCUAAAAGAUGAUGAUGUUGAUGAUGAAUAAUGUUUGUUACACGUAAUCAUGGCAUUCACAUUAUUUUUAGGCAUUUUCUUACAGAUUUAGAAUCUGAUCUCUAUGACAUGCAUUACGGUUUUAAAUGUUGUUAAGACAUAUUUUUACUUCAAGAAACCUAUUGUUUAUGAUUAAAACAUAUGUAGUAGAAUUUUAUGAGUACGUGUUUAUGAAUUGUAUAUAAAAUAAUCGUUUUAGUUUAUUUCAGUUUAAGAAUGGUGAUGAAAUUUUCAAUUUUUUCGUACAGUAAGACGAGGGCUUGUUAACAGAUGAACACCUCUUAGGUACAAUGCCCUUAGUGAAACACUCAGAUUGCUGGGCCAACUGUACCUCCAUGCAAUGUUACUGACAAAAGGAAAUUAUUUUUGCUACUUUUGAAGAUAAUAUAUAUAUGCUUGUAAUAUAACAUUGGCCUUGUCGCUAGCUACUAUUUACAAUGCCAAAAGAGCAGUGUAGACGUUUAGUGUGAAACAAAUGUUGAGGUUGGCCUAUUGUAAAUGGAGUUGAUAUGUGUACAGAGUAGUGGAAAGAGUAUAUGAAUAUAUAUGUAUACAUAUGUAGAUAAUGUUAUAUGCCAGUGGUGAUGCGUAUUGUGUACAUGCAUGAAGUACUAGUGUCGCCCUUCCUGUUUUGAUCAAAACAACCGUGUUCCCACCUAGAAGCUCUAUAUUAAAUACCAUCUUGUGUUGUUUCCUGCCCUCGUAGGAGUGAGCCAUUGAUGUACGUUGGUAGAUCUUCACUGGUGUCAACAUUUUCGUUUUAAGUACAUGUAGUCGUGUAUACUGAAUGUUUGUAAAAACAAACAGGGCCUUUCAUUUUUUGUUUGAUUUGUUUUCUAGGAUUAUGAAAAAUGUUUUUGACUUUAAUGUGUUUACCAAUUUCCUGUUUUUGAAUUUAUUUUUAAUAACUAUAUCAUGGUUGUUGUUUAUGGAAUGUGUUAACUAUACUGAGAUGACUGAAAAUACUUAAGGCUUGAAGGAAAGCUCAUUGGAUUCAUCAUUUUUGCUGACUGAACAAAACUGUGAGCGCAAAUGGUCUGUUAUUGUUUGGGAAAAUAGUUUUGAUAGAUGUUUAUAGAUUUUGAAGAUUGAAGAACAAUGUCUUCCAUGAACUAUUUUGCAGAAAAGUUAAAUGACAUGUCAGUAAGGGCGAUCUCAUUAAAUUCAGAUGUUGUAUUCCUCCGAAACUUUACUUCUUUGGGUUAAGAUCUGAGGACGCUGACAUGGAAGGUUGUGUAAGGUGAAACCUGAACGAACUUUGACUGCCCAGUCUAAAAGAAGGGUUAGUGGGUUCUUGACCCAGUCAGCUGACAGCUUUCUAAAAGGAUUCUGCAUCAUCUUUUAAUACAUCUUGAUUCGGAAAAUGAGAUUUGUAUAAACUCGCAGCACACAACUAUACUUUCAUGGUACUCCCUUUGGGUGUAGAUACCACGGCUCUCCGAAAUGACAUGGUAUGAAAUAUGUAUAUGAAAUGUAAUACGGCUCUAUCCUUUCUACUUUCGGAACUUGUCGUUUGAAACUUUCAGAAAUCUGAUAUUCUAGUUUGAAUGCCUCGUACUGAGGAUCCCUGAGAAGACUCCACACUGUUGCUGACCAGUCAAUCAGAAUGUUCACUUGGCGCUACCUAGUAGAGAUGUGUCCUCAGAUCUUUGUGCAGAGUGGUAUCGUAUCAGAGUAAAAGAUCUGAUUUAAACGAGAGUGAGUGAAGGCAUUUGUCAACUGUUGAUUUACUGUUAUGUAGUGUCAAAACUUCAUGUGUUGGUACAUGCCAUUGUCGUUUUAUGACUUGCAUGGAAAAUUUGCUUGCACCUUCAUUACCCUCAAAAACUUAAUAACUACGUGCCAUAUUACUGUUGAUCCAGUUACACAGUUUCAUUUAUUUGGGUUUCUAUAUUUCAAUAUCAGCUGAGUGUGGAAUCAUCCAGAAGAUGGCCCAGUAUUAUUAAGUAGUAGGUUGUUUUUAUUUACCUGAUGGGUUGCACCAGUUGUUGAGGAGGGCAUGUGUAAAACACUAUACGGAUAUGUUACCUUGGGUAGGCCAGUGGGAGAGUUGCAUCCCUUGUCCAUGCCAGGAUCUGCUGGUUUGUUGAUUUGAAUCCCAAAUUUGCCCAGAUUGUGAUCAUAUUCUAUCCCCACCAGUGUUAGGUUCCACAAUACUUGUAAUGGCCUAGGGGGCGGUCGGGUAGCCUAGUGGUUAAAGCGUUCGCUCGUCACGCCGAAGACCCGGGUUCAAUUCCCGACUUUGGUACAAUGUGUGAAGCCCAUUUCUGGUGUCCCCCACCCUGAUAUUGCUGGAAUAUUGCUAAAAGCGGCGUAAAACCAUACUCACUCACUGUAAUGGCCUACCACCAGCUAAACAUUCAGCUUUUCUUCACAUUGGGCUCAGAGGCAAUGCAGUAUUUGACAUACUGUUCAAAGCAGCAUCAAACCUAAUCCCUCACUCACUUUACCUUACUCCCAAUGAACUCUUUCUUCUGUUGCUGUAUUUAUUUACCUAUGACCACCCUCUUUUGUUGUUUAUAUCUACUGUGUAUCUCAUAUUUACGUUUAUUGAUGUUUAUUGAUGUCGCAUGUUUAUCAUGUCUCAGUAUGGAAUUGUAAAUAGCCCCUGUUUGGCUUGUGUUGAUCAUAACCAUUUUCUGCUUCUAGAGGCUUACAUAUUUAUUUUGCGCAGUUACAUGUAUAUAAAAGCUUUGCUUUUACUACUAAACCAUUAAUAUUGUAAAAUUUCAAGACAACCAUUUUUUCUUUGAGUCUAGUGCCCCAUGAAAGUAUCACACGUUUUUAAGAUUUUCCGAAAAUGUUGAGUGAUGCAUAUCUUAUUCUAAUUGUAAGGCUAUUGGGUGGGAAAUGUAUUGUGUAUUGUGAGAAAUAUAUGGUUCUUGUUUGGGGAAAAGAUAUUCUUAAAAGAAUAUUUAAAUUAAUAUCAAACUGAUAUACCACUAGCAUUCUUGGUAUCACUGCACAAACAUAUCAUAGGCCCUGUACCACAAACACACGACUGGCAUCUGUCAUUAUAGUGCACUGUAAUCUCUCUAGAGAGGCGGGCGUAUAUUUGAGAGAUUAUGGUAACUGCUAUCAUAUAUAUUUAUAUAUAUAAAUGUAUGUAUCUGAAAUUAUCUACCUGAAUAAUCAGAGGUGUACAAUAUUCUAUCAUAACCCAAAACUUUUUCUUUUUUUUUGACGAAAAGGGAAUUAUGAAAAACACCCUGCCACUGGAAACAUUCAAAAUAUCACAUUUCGGAAAGAUUCUCUUUUUGUACCUGUUUCUAAAAACUGUUGGAUAGCAAUUCAAAUGGUGCUCUGAAGUUUCCAGUCCAAAAAUGCUGAUGGUAAUGUAAGCUCACUGGGUCUCAAGGUUCUGAAAAUACAACGCUAUGAUGCUGAAACAAUGCAAAGACGGUCACAGCAAUGUCCUGUUCAAAUAAUGCUACCACAAUUACAAAUGUAAAACAUGAAUAUUUGGGUCCCAAUAUGACUUUCAGCCUCCCAUUACUUCUAUUGGGCAGAAAGAAAGCUGUUGCUUGUGUUAUUUCUGUUAAGUAGAAACAAGACCAUAGUGUGUGUACUUUGAGUUUCCUUCCUCUGUGGCCUGUUUCAUUUUGAUUUCACAUUAUUUUGAAAUUUCAUAUUAAAUGUUGCACAGAAUGGGGUGGACUACAGAGCCUUAUGGCUUAACUGUUCGAUUAAAAAUCAUUGUCAGGUAAUGAUAGAUUAUGAGACCAGCCAUGUUGUCUUUUGUUUUGAACAACAAGAUUUAUUUUUUUAACAGGCUUAUCUGAAGGUUAUUAUACAUAAUAGUUAAAUAUCCCUGCUGUCAUGAAGGAGUUCAUUUUUCUAUAAAAAAUAUUAAGAUUUUCUUGAGCCAAAUAUGUUCUUUUCUUCAAAUCGACCUCCCAGGAGAUAAAAUGGUCUGCUUCUUAUCUGUUGCGGUUAAGACCAUCAUCGUCUUCAUAACUUGUUACUGUUUUUUGUUAUUGGCAUGUUUCAUUCAAUUUUAAAAAUAUGGACUAACUCAUUUUCAAUUUAAUAUUCUCUGUGAAAUUUCGCUGUUUGAAUUGCAUGCAAUAUUAAUAAUGAAAUGAUUGUUUUUGUUCAUGUAUCAUUUUCUAUACAAAAAAGAACAUAUGUUAGUCUUGUUAUGCUUAGUAGCUCUGAAUUGUGUGAACUUUUUAUGAAUGAAGUAAUGAAAUAGACUACAGUGUUUGAGCUGCAUGCGAGAUUGAACAUGUGACAGGGAUCUUUCUUAGGCUAGGCUUUUUUCAAAAAUUUGUUUUCGAAUCCACUGACUCCCAAAAAUAUGAAACAUGGAAAAAAACAUUUUGGUUUUCUUUUUGCUGAACAGUAAGUAAAAUGUUAAAAAACCCAACCUUAUUUUCUGUCGCUAUAAAUUAAAUAUAUUAUCUAAAAUAUUAUUAUUAAAACCAUUUGCAAAUAUAUUUAAAAAACUCACACCACUUAAUUACCAGCUGUUUAAACUAAAUGAAUCCCUACUUACUUAAUAUUUUGAGGAAAUAUUUGAAAUUAUAUAUUUUUAAAUUUUAUUUUUUUAUGUAUUGACCUGAAGUUUUGGGGUACAAAAUCUGUAACCCCACUCCCACCCCCACCCCCACCCCCACCCCCCAAAAAGAGUCUGGCCUAAAGAUGAUCCCCUGUGGAAGGCCAGGAUGUUUUUAAAUGAAUUCCUUGUGUUAACUGAUAAGAAGCUGUAACAUUAGUGCUGAAGAUGAUGGGCAUCUGUGGAGAAACUGGGCUCACUGGUCACUGUGUGUUUGGCCAGAACUUCAACUAUCUGCAUGUUGUUCUUCAUUGCUAUGCCUGUGAAUUCAGAAACACAAUGAAGUGUAUUGGUUCAAAUGGAAACGCCAAAGUCAAAACCAUACAUUGUUAUGAAUACUGCAAUGAAUUUUAUUUUGUUGAUAUCAGACUGUUUUAUAAGUCAUUUUGACUAGAUGAAAUUAAUGAGAUUGGAUAUUGGGUGAUUUAUCUAAAACAAACCUGAAAUGUUUUUAUACUGUGUUUACCUCAGUCUGGCUGGCUUGCUUCAAGCAGGUACUUGUAAUUCUGGGUGUUCUAUUUUGUAAGGGGAGACUACUCUGUCAGUUCUUCACCAUCCCUAUAGAUGUGUUGUAUAUUUGUACAUACUAGUAUAGCCAUUAAGAGUGACUGAUUCAAUGUUUUGACUUUUCUAAGCAAUGUAAUUUUCUAUACAUGAUUAUCCCCAUUAACAUGAGGUGAUGGGUGUAUAAUGCAUAUUUUCUCUGAUAAUUUUAAUAUAAACAAAAUAAAAAAGUUACACAUCA